AUUCGUUAAAUAUUUUCAUUCGAUAAAAAUAUAUUUGUUCGAUAAAACCAUUUCCAUGCUCUUUUUGCACUCGAUAAAAAUUAUGUUUAUUCGAUGUUUUUUCAUUUGAUAAAAAGAUAUUAACGAUUAAGUCACGUGACCCAAGGAGGCAUGGCCACAAAGCAUUUACGGCAGGGUCACAAAGCUUCCCGCCAUUAUCCAAAAUCCUUACGUUCUGUCUGAAAAUGGCGACAAAUCUAGACCCAGAUGCAACAGCAGAUGCAACUACUUGGAAUGUUUUUUUUUAUAUUCGCUGAAAAUCUACUGGAUAGAUGCGAACACAGUGCCAGAAUUAUAAACUUAGAGUUCCACUCAGCGGCGCUGCUUUUCAAUUGUCUUGACCAGGUACUCUCCGUUCCGCGAAGUGUCCUUGAUCAGGGUGAGGAUCUAUGUUGUAGAAACAAUUUACUGCAGCUCUGUGAUUGUUUUUCUGAAAUACAUCAGUUCUGGUUUGAGAGGAUGACUGAAAUAGGUAGGAGAACAGUAAGCCUUGUCGAUUUAGGAUCCCGUAGCGUUGCGCAUACAUCGCAACCUGGAAGACCAAAGUUCGUCAUUGCUGAGGAACGUCUUGAAAAUCUUAGAAGCCUAAGGUGCACCUGGAAUCAGAUUGUGCAGAUGCUACGAGUAUCAAGAUGGACUAUCUAUCGUAGAGUGGAAGAGUAUGGGUUGGGCUGCGGCAGGUGGUCAAACAUAAGCGAUGACCAACUCGAGGAGGUUAUUCGCGGGUUUAUAUCUCGACAUGGAACGACAACUGGACAGUCGUAUUUGUUAGGGUAUAUUCGAUCUCUGGGCCAUCUCGUACAGCGUGAACGCGUCCGUGCAACAAUCAAUAGGGUUGACCCUGAAAACAGUGCUCUUCGAUGGGCAACGGUAAUAACAAGGAGGGUGUACAGUGUGCUUUGGCCCAACUCGUCAUGGCACAUAGAUGGGCAUGAUAGUCUAAUACGAUGGGGAUUUGUAGUCCAUGGCUGUAUCGACGGCUUUUCUGGAAUGAUUACAUUCUUACGAUGUUCAACCAACAAUCGGGCAGAUACAGUUAUGUCAGCCUUUCAGAGGGCAGUACAACAGUUUGGUGUGCCUUCUCGCGUAGGAGGUGAUCAUGGAGGUGAAAACAUAGAGGUUGCAAGAUCUAUUGUUCGAGAAAGGGGCGAAGGAAGAGGCAGUUUUAUUGCAGGGCCAUCCACAAGAAAUAAAAGGAUUGAGCGUCUAUGGAGAGAAGUAUUCCGUUGUGUUUAAUACAAAUAAAUAAAUAAUACAUAAUAUUUUAAGAGGAGGCCUCCAAUCACCAUAAGGUGGUUUUCAGGAGG